GCAAAGUGAUAGAGAAACGUUUCUUAUUUACUUGGCUUCGCUGGAUCAAACACCUCUCUGAUCUCUAGUUUUCCAAUUCUGAAUUUCAGUUUUUUCAAUUCUAUUAAUUCUCUUAUUCUGUUAUACUUUGAUUGAUUGUUCUCUUCUUCCAUCUCUGCACAUACUCACCAAUUCUGUCCAUAGAAUUGUUUUUCCUGCAAAAUUUGAUACCUAUCUCACAAUCUCUUCGUUAUAACACGCAAGUAUUGUAACUGUAACACUAACUAAUUUUUAGAAAAAUGUCAUACGCGUAUCUUUUCAAGUACAUCAUCAUCGGCGACACUGGAGUGGGGAAAUCGUGUCUGCUGCUACAAUUCACUGAUAAAAGGUUUCAACCGGUGCACGACCUUACCAUAGGUGUCGAAUUUGGGGCUCGUAUGAUCACCAUCGAUAACAAGCCCAUCAAGCUCCAAAUUUGGGACACGGCUGGUCAAGAGUCCUUCAGAUCCAUUACCAGGUCCUACUAUAGAGGUGCUGCUGGUGCUUUGCUUGUCUAUGAUAUUACUAGGAGGGAAACAUUCAAUCACUUAGCCAGCUGGUUGGAGGAUGCCAGACAGCAUGCCAAUGCAAACAUGACAAUUAUGCUCAUUGGUAAUAAGUGUGAUCUUGCUCAUAGAAGGGCUGUCAGCACAGAGGAGGGGGAGCAGUUUGCCAAGGAGCAUGGAUUAAUUUUUAUGGAGGCCUCAGCAAAAACUGCUCAGAAUGUUGAGGAGGCAUUUAUAAAAACAGCUGCAACAAUAUAUAAGAAGAUUCAGGAUGGAGUUUUUGAUGUAUCAAACGAGUCUUAUGGAAUAAAAGUAGGAUACGGCGGUAUCCCAGGGCCAUCGGGAGGCAGAGACGGGUCAUCUUCUCAAGCAGGAGGGUGCUGCAGUUGAAUGCAUUCUCAUUUGUUAUACUUGAUAUGUGGAUUUUAUAUUUGUUUGUCUUGUGGGUCUGGAAAUUGUGACUAGUCUUGAAUAUAUUCGGAUAUAAAGCAUGGGAUACAUACAUGUAAAAUCGUGAUUGUGGUAUUUGAUUGUAAAUUGGUCAGUUGCUUUUGUAGUUUCUAUUUGUUUUUGGUGCUGCUGGUUGAAUUGUGAAUUGUGAAUUGUGAAAUGCCAAAAAGUGGGUUGUGUUUAGCA